UUACUAUUUGUAUUUCUUGUUUCUUUCUUUGUUUUAGAAAGCUACAUUUUAGCUUAGAUCCCACCUACAUUCCAAAAACACACUCACAUUUUUCAUUUUCUAAUCCACAGAUCUCUCAUUAUGCCCUUUCUUCUGAGAUCCACUCUGUUCUGACUCCUAUUUUCAACAGGUACUUGAUCAUCUAGAGAAAGAAUGGGGGAUGAUCUAAACACCGGAUUGUCCCAAAAAAUUGGAGUUUUGGGGAUGAAAGUGUGGGAAUUAAUUGGGCUUAUAGUUGGUUUACUUAUUAUAGGAAUUCUAUGUGCAUUAACAUGUUAUCUCACUUCUAAGAAGAAAGUGAGAAGGGGCGGUAGAGAGAAAGUUUCUCAUAGUCAAAUACCGACCGUUUCAAAAGAAAUUAAAGAAGUGAGAGUUGAACAAGUUUCAACUGGCGAAUUUGCUCCACGAGAUGGAAUUCUUCUUACAAUUCAUGAUAAAAACAGUGAUAAAGAUGCGGAUAAAGUUUUAGUUCAUUUGGGAAUGGGGAAAUUGAAAAAUGGGGAUAAUAUGAGUAGUCAAGGUUCGUUGUAUUAUAUGGAUAGAGAUAUUAGUGAAUCAGGUGAAGAUGGGAGUUCAGGAAACUUUCAUAUGCAUAAACCUUCUUCUUCUCAUCCAAUUAGUGCACCUUCUCCGCUUGUCGGUUUACCUGAAUUUUCUCACUUGGGUUGGGGUCAUUGGUUUACUUUGAGAGAUCUUGAACUUGCAACAAAUCGGUUUUCUAAGGAGAAUGUUCUUGGUGAGGGUGGAUAUGGUGUUGUUUAUCGUGGGACUUUGGUAAAUAGUAAUCCAGUGGCGGUGAAGAAGCUUCUUAAUAAUGUGGGCCAAGCUGAGAAGGAGUUCAGAGUAGAGGUUGAAGCUAUUGGCCAUGUGCGCCAUAAGAAUUUGGUCCGACUAUUGGGUUAUUGUAUUGAGGGAACUCAUAGAAUGUUAGUCUAUGAGUAUGUCAACAAUGGCAAUUUAGAACAAUGGCUUCAUGGAGCUAUGCGCCAGCACGGAUAUCUUACUUGGGAGGCUCGGAUGAAGGUUCUUCUUGGGACAGCUAAGGCCCUUGCCUACUUGCAUGAAGCAAUUGAGCCAAAAGUGGUACAUCGAGACAUUAAAUCAAGCAACAUCUUGAUUGAUGAUGAGUUCAAUGCAAAGGUCUCUGACUUUGGGCUGGCUAAGCUUCUAGGUGCUGGGAAAAGUCACAUCACGACUCGAGUUAUGGGUACUUUUGGCUAUGUGGCUCCAGAGUACGCAAAUACUGGCCUGUUGAAUGAAAAGAGUGAUGUUUAUAGCUUUGGAGUGGUACUUUUGGAAUCAAUUACGGGAAGAGAUCCUGUCGACUAUGGUCGCCCUGCUCAAGAGGUAAAUCUUGUGGAUUGGCUAAAAAUGAUGGUCGGAAGCAGAAGAUCAGAGGAAGUUGUCGACCCAACUAUUGAAACAAAGCCUUCAACAAGAGCCCUGAAACGAGCACUCUUAACUGCUUUAAGAUGUGUUGACCCUGACUCUGACAAGAGACCCAAAAUGAGCCAAGUUGUACGUAUGCUUGAAUCUGAAGAAUAUCCCUUACCAAGAGAGGAUCGAAGACGUAGAUCACAAGCGAGUAGCACGGAGAUUGAAUCAUCACAAAGAGUAAACUAUGAUACUGAUAAGAGCGAUAAUCCAGACCUACUACGCUCAGACAGCAGUCGAAGGAACUUGAAGCCAUAAACUUGCAUUUAUCUUGUUUAAUUCUUACAAUCUUCUAAAGCAAUGAGUACAAAGGUCAAGUAGAAUGAGGGAUAUGGAUGGUGAUUUGUCUUAUAUAUUUAUCUAUUUUGAAAGGUAAAAAAGACUUUUCGGGGAAUCAACAUAGAUGGGGAGUUGAUUGUAAUGUAACUAUGUAAGUAACAAAGUCAUGGGAGUUGCAUGGGAUGUCUAGUAGGGGAAUUAGCUUUGUACAGUUAUUGGGGAGUUGGAGAUUUCACUUAUUGUUUUAAUCUGUGAUUUGCUAAAAAUAUUAUUCUACGUGCGAUUGUGUUCAUUAUGAA